AGAUGUAAAAUUUGUAAUUUCCAGUCCCAUGUGGCCGGCCCUUAUCCUCAUUCCACACAGAAUCUCUCUUACUGGCCAUGGAAACUGGAAGAACAGAAGAGAAGAGAAAAGGAAAAAGGAGAAGAGACAAAGAAAGAAGUUCAUCAUCUCCAAUUUCAGAAAAUGUGGCAAACCCUAAAAAUCCUUCAACCUUCUCCUCAAUUCCAUCAUCUUCCCCAACCAGCUCCUCCAACUCCAACAUACAGACAACAACAACAAUGGCGUUGUCAUAUUUCCCGCAGAGAGCUCACACUUUUCACCACCCCAUCCUUUCUCCUCCUCCCCGCCGCCGAACAAUCCUCACUAGCCGUAGUAGAAUCAACCACCACAUGCACCGACAUAAACAACGACAACAACCUCCCAACAACAAACAAAGCAUUUCUAGACAUAUCAAUCAACAACGAACCAAUCGGUCGUAUAAUCCUAUCACUCAACCCCUCAAUCGCCCCCAUAGGUGUCGCCAGAUUCACCAGCCUAAUCUCAGGCAAAGCAGGAAUCAGCUACAGACGGAAAGAAUUCGUCAAGAUCCUCCCAAACUACCUUCAACACGCAGGCGUCAGAUCCUACGGUGUCGACGCAGAGAUGGGGAAAAUAGUAGGCAAUGAUUUGUCAGCGGAAUGGGAAAGCCUCAACUCAACCGCCUGCGGCGGUACCAAGAAUUUGGCGGGAAGUGUCGGAAUUAUCGUUAGAGACCCGACAAAACCGCCGCCCAAUGUGAAGCUGGUGGCUAAAAAUGGGAAGUUGGUGGUUAAUGAAGAGGAGGUUAAACCGGAUCCAAAUGGGACUGAGUUUGUUAUCACGAUGAAGGAUUCGCCGGAGUUGGAUUCGUCGGUUUUGGUUAUAGGAAGAGUAUUGGAGGGGAUGGAAGUUGUUAAGAAGAUAGGAGAGGUCAAGACUGUUAAUGAGAAUACUACCUCUCCUUAUUUCAGGGUUGCGAAAUUGAUAGGAGAUAAGAGAGCAGUUGUAGCAGAACGAGGGUUCAAUCGACCAUACUCGAAGAUUGUAGUUUCUAACUGUGGCUUACUAGAUUGAAUCAAAAUUUUCCAUAAUUCAUGACCAAAACAUUGUUGUACAAUUGUCUGAACUGAAUUUCAAAUUCAAAUAAUCGAAAUACGGGAACAUGAAUUAUCUUA